ACGGAGUUUGCGAAGGGAAAUUAUGGCGGUGAGAGUGCCGUUUCAUUGCCAUAGGACUACUCCGCUUCACACGAGAAUGAGAGCCACGAUCCUGAUCCUACUUUUCAGCGCGUCAGGCGUGGGCAGUAACCAGGUGCUGGUCCCGGAGAAGGUGAGCGCGGUUCUGGGGAAGAACAUCACGUUGGGCUGCAGGGUGGAGGUGGGCACCAACCUUAGCCUGACCCAGACGUCCUGGGAGCGCCGGCUGCCCUCGGGCACCGUCACCCUGGCCGUCUUCAACCCCCAGUUCGGCAUCUCCAUCUCCCCGGACUACGAGCGGCGGCUGUCCUUCCUGGCGCCUUCUGCCCGGGACGCCACCAUCGUGCUGGAGGACGUGGGCUUCGCCGACAUCGGCGUCUACACCUGCAAGGUGGCCACCUUCCCGCUGGGCAACACCCAGGCCUCCACUGUCGUCAGCGUCAUGGUGGAGCCCAAGGUGUACGUGUCGGCAGGCUCCGCCCCCCUGCUGGACGGCGGGAACGAGACGGUGGUGGCGACCUGCACGGCAGAGCGGGGCCGGCCCCCGGCCGAUGUGUCCUGGGAGUCGCAGCUGUUUGGCCGCUCCGAGGUGCGCGAGCAGGACGAGCCCAACGGCACCACCACCACGCAGGUGCGCUACACCUGGGCGCCCAACCGCCACUCCCAGGGGCACACCCUCACCUGCGUGGUGCGCCACCCCGCCCUGCAGACGGAGUUCCGGAUCCCCUACGUGCUCAACGUGCAGUACGCCCCGGACAUCGCGGUGUCGGGUUACGACGGGAACUGGUUCGUGGGGCGGGAGAACGCCAGGCUGCAGUGCAGAGCCAACGCCAACCCUCCGGCCCACUACUUCAGCUGGAGCAGGUUGGAAGGGCCACUGCCGGAGGGCGUGGAGAUGGUGAAUAACAGCCUGGUCUUCACUCGCCCGCUGGAGCUUAACGACUCGGGCGUAUACAGGUGCGAGGCUCGCAACGACCUGGGCAUGCGGAGCAGGGAGAUGCACAUUCGCAUCCAAGAUCCUCCCUCCACCACUGCCCCCCUCCCCACCACCCCCGCGCCUGCCUCCGCAGACUCCUCCUCCAGCACCCUGCCCAAUAAGAGGCGCGCCCAGUUCAGCUCACCGACGCUGGCCUCCCUACCGGACGGCACCCUGGGCACCAUCGUGGGCGGGGCCGUGGGCGGGGUGCUGUUUCUGGUGCUGCUGCUGGUGCUGGGCGGGGUGUGCUACAUGAGGCAGCGCCGGACCUUCCGGGGUGACUACUACACCAAGCAGUACCUGGGCCCGUCCGACAUGCAGAAGGAGUCGCAGCUGGACGUGCUGCAGCCGCACGAGCUGCAGGAGGUAUACGGUGACGGAAAGGGCAGCCAGCAGGACCUCAAGCCCAAGCCGGCGGGGGACGGGAUCUACCCCGACUACCCGCCCGACCGCAAGGACAGGGAGGAGUGGGGCGACACGGCAGCCAACAGCACCCGCCGGGUCCCCAGGGAGGACGGCUUCUUCCCCGACCGCCACAGUCCCAGCCCCCACGGCAUGCACCAGAGGGGGCCGUCUGCUCCCGUGCACACCCCCGCCGUCAACAACGGCUCCCCCUACCUGCCGGAGGACUGCUAUGACAACGGCACCGACAGCGACUACGUGUCCCACCUGGACGGGUCCGUGAUCUCGCGCAGGGAGUGGUACGUCUGAGAGCGGGAGGAGAAACCAGUCUCCGUGCGGAGGGACACAAAUGAUGACUACAGAACUGCGCAAUGCUAAAAAAGGAUAAAUAGAUUACUAAAUAGAUGCAAUGGAACAAAAAAGACAAUUCAAAACAAAAAGUGAAAAAGGCAGGUUUUUCUUUUUCCUCCCUCACUUUUUCGGUAAAACUUUAGAGGGUCAUAUUUAAUGGAUCAAACUCUUUGACAGUACCUCCAGCUCCCAGGGACAACCAGGCCAAUGGAUUCGAACUGCAAUGUGGCACUUCAAGGGACAAGUGCUGUCUGGAAUUGUUUUCGACUAUCAUUAUCUUUCAGCUUAACCGGGGAGUGGUUAGCGCAAUCCUGCCAGGGCAGCUCCUGUCUACGCUGGUAAUGUGCCUGGUGCAUCAGUGUUACAUAGGAAUGUUAACAAAAGAGAAAAGAAGACACUCC